AUGGCAGCUUGUCCUUCUUUAAACUUAUUAGCGGAAAAUUAUAAAUCAUUAUUAUUUAUGAGAUUUGUAAUGUAUAUUUCUUCUUUAGUGAUUUAUUAUAGAGAUAGAUAUAUGAUAGGUGAUUAUAAUUUAUCUCGUUUUAUUAUUUUGAAUGUAAAAUCUUAUAAUGCUGGUAUGAUUAAAGCUUUAUCUAACCGUAUUGGUGAUGUGGCGUUAUUAUUAUCUAUUGCUUGGAUACUAGGAUAUGGUAGUUAUAUUAUUUAUGGGUAA